AUGUCUGUAGGAAAGGAGUUUACUUUGUCCGAAUUAGCUUCACUGGCACUCUCUUCUCCCACAUUUGAUACUUUUCAUAUUUCCAUAUUACAGUGUUUGAUCGAAACACUAUUCAGGAAAAUGAGCUGUAUAGAGGACGUAGUAACCGUUGAAGGACUCCGUGCAACCUGCUUAGAAGAUAUACUUACAACUAAUUCACGUGUUACAAAAGUUAGAGUAGAUGAAUUUAACUUCUCUCCAAUACUAAGAUUUGAAAAUCUUCAAAUGAAAGUUAAUAUAAUGGAAAAUGAAAUAAAAAGAUUAGAGAAUGAACUCAAGGAAUAUGAACUUAAAGUGCAUAUGGUUAGUAUGGCGACACCACCCUACAUUUGGGAGAUUUAUGAAAGACAUGCUUGUGCUUUUGCGGACAUAUUUGAUUCAAAAGAUCCGGAAAAUGCACCAGUAAGAGAGUUACUAUCAAAUAAAACAUUUCUUACUGCCGUUACAAAUAUUAUUGGCGGACCAUUAAUGGAACGACUUAGUAUAGUUAAAAAGCAAAAUAAAAAGCACCAUACUUUGAUUAGAAAUCUUCACAAUCAAAUGAAGUAUUGCAAUAAAGAAGCUGAAGCGAUAGAAUCACUAAUUUAUGAGUAUCAGGCUGCAUGGAGAUUACUUAAUAGAAAUAUAGAAACAUUAGACAAAGCAUUAGAAGAAAUGCAAGGUAUGCUGUUUGCUAAAUGCGAUAAAAUUCAUUUCCCACAAAUACAACACUAUUUUUGGGAACGUCUUAAGGAAUACGAAGACCGAUUGAAAAAACUUUUUGAUGAAUUAUUGAAAUGUCCACCUCGAAUAAGAUGGGAUGAUCUUUACGAGAAAUGCCUUUCAUGUGGAGGUCCGAUAACUCCGGAAGUCCGAUAUAUACCAGAUGAUGAACCUGUACCCAAACGUAAGCCCAAGAAAAAAGAAGAAGAAGAAAUUAAUUAUUGUGAGGGAAGUGUCUUGCCAUUGGGUGGUGAUCUCAUAGAAAACAUAAGAAUACAAGAAAUAUUAGCUGAUCCCGAUGUCAUUCUAACAGCAACUCAAUCAGCCCUUUUCGGAAAAGGUUAUCCUAAGCCGCAUGGGGAGGCAGGCGGUAAAAAAGUACACCACUCUGCACUAAAAGCACCUCACUUAGAAUUUAGAUCAAAGAAAGGUCAUACUCGUAGAGUCACAAUAUCACCAUUUAAACCAAAAGAAAGAUACUAA